UGACGUUAUGUGGCUAUUCACAUACGAAGUACUUCAGGAAAUGACCUACCCGCAGACUGUUCGCCGUGGUUUACUGAACCCUACGUUUUAGUCGCAGACGCGCUACGCAACGUAGUAACUGUCAGUCACAGGGCAUUUAAAUGGCCAUACUACAGACCCCUCGUCUUUAUAGCGCGUUCAUAACACUGUUACACGUUUAUUUUCUCUCUGAGGACUAGGACAUUCGUGGUUUGGUAGUAGGGGUACGUUUUAAAGUUCGUAAUUUGAGCUAACCUCUAUUCGACAACUCAAAAUGAGCGACGAGGACGAGUUUAUGCAGAAAGCCCGAACUGGGUUUGAGGAUCUGUGUCGAGCUUUGAAUAUGGACGAGGAGGCGAGCAGUGAGGCAUGGAAAAGCUACGAGAACAUCAACAGGAAUUACACUCUGGAGGGGAGUGAGUUACACUGGUUGGCAUGUGCCCUCUACGUGGCCUGUAGGUCUUCUGUGCCAACUGUGGGUAAAGGCACCGCUGAGGGCAACUAUGUCUCCUUGACCAGGAUCCUACGCUGCUCAGAACAAAGCCUGGUGGAGUUCUUCAGUAAGAUGAAGAAGUGGCAGGACAUGGCCAGCGUGCCCACGGACUUCCGGCAGAGCACCGAGAAGCUGGAGCGUAAUUUCACCGUGUCGGCGGUCAUCUUCAAGAAGUACGUCCCCAUCUUCAGGUCCAUCUUCAAGGCCCCGCCCGAGGAGCCGCCCCGGGUUCACCGCAGCCGCAAGCAGAGACGGCAUCCGUGCACUGUCUCUGAGGUCUUCAACUUCUGCUGGAUUCUAUUUAUCCAUGCGAAAGGUAACUUCCCGAUGAUCAGUGACGACCUGGUCAACUCCUACCACCUCCUGCUGUGUGCGUUGGACCUGGUCUUCACCAAUGCCCUGCUCUGCAAUGCCCGGAAAGACCUGCUCAACCCAGACUUCAGAGGCCUCCCAGAGGAGUUUGGCAGUAAGGACUACAGGCCGGCCCCGGGGUCCUACUGCCUGCUGGGGAAGCUGUGUGAGCUCAACGACGGCCUGGUCCUGGAGGCCAAAGGAGUCAAAGAACACUUCUGGAAGCCCUUCAUCAAGAUGCUCUUCCACAAGAGGAUCCUGAAAGGCAGAGAGGACACCUUGACAGGAUUCCUUGACCCAAUGAACUUCGGAGACAGUUUUUCCUCUCUGAGCCGGGUGUACGAGGAGCACGUCCUGUCCACCGGCAGCCUGGACGAGAGGAUCUUCACCGGGGAGGGGGCCAACGAGGACAUCGGCACGCCGGCGCCGUGCCUCAGCGGAGCGCCGGAGAACCAGGACAGCGCCGCCUACAGGCUGCACGCUAGCCUUACCGCCACGGCCCUGAAGGUCUCCACACCGCUGUCCAGCAGGAGGUACCCCCCGGACCCCCGGCUGUCCUCUCCUGUGUCCUCAGCCAUCCAGAGUGUGGGCCGGCUCCACAGCCUGCUGACAGGGGCCACACAGGGGCCCAGCGCCAAACUCACCCAGAUCCUCAGAGCCUGUGCUAGGGACCCCAGUGAUGUCAUCAGUACGAGACUGAAGGAGAUGUUCCAGACCUUCUGCCAACACUAUGAGGACCAGAGCCUGGAGGGCCCGGGGAUGGGGAAAGACGUGGCAGUGAAGUUCUUCCGGCUGGGGGAGGCGCUGUACUACAAGAUGUUGGAGGCCAUCGUGGAGAGGGAGAAGAUGAUCCUGGGAGAGGCCGACCUCUCUGGCAUCCUAGAGCAGGAUAUCUUCCAUGGUUCUCUGAUGGCCUGCUGCCUGGAGAUCGUCAUCUUCUCCUACAGACCGCCGGGAGACUUCCCAAACAUCCUCAAUAUCUUCAAGAUCCAGGCCUACCACUUUUACAAGGUGAUCGAGGUCCUGGUGCGGGCCGAGCAGGGCCUGUUCCGCGAGGUGGUGAAGCACCUGAACCAUGUGGAGGAGACGGUGGUGGAGAGGCUGGCCUGGGGCUCCCAGUCCCCGCUCUGGGACUCUCUCCGCAAUGCUAAGGGCCAGGUCCCCACCUGCCAGGAGGUGAUGCCCCCCCGCUACCUGGAGGAGAGCGAGGCGGCGGGCGGCAGGUCCAACAGCUCCCCCAUCACCCCCGGCACCCGUGGACCCGACCUCAGCGCCAACAGCACCCUCAAAGGUGUGUCCCCGUCUCCCACCGGCCUGCUGGACAGGUACAACUCCCCCCCCAGCGCCGUCGCCCCCCACCGCCGCCGCCUCUUCGUGGACACCACGGACGCUCAGCCCACCUUAGUCACGGUGCAGAUACCCCUGCAAGGGAUCACCUUCUUCCCGCUCCAGAUGAUCCCGGGCCAGGGAUCGACCACGCUGCAUCCCAUCUCGGCCCAAGCUCUGACGGGGACCAUCAGCGGCCCCUCCCCCGCCCCCAAAGCGCCCAGCAGACCGGCCAGCGUGCCGCUGAGGAAGGGCUCCCUGUCGCUGUUCUUCAGGAAGGUGUACCACCUGGCCAGCCUGCGGCUCAGAGACCUGUGCUCCCAGCUGGACAUCUCCCGUGAGCUGCGGCAGAAGAUCUGGUCGUGCUUCGAGUACUCGCUGGUCCACUGCACUGAGCUCCUGAUGAACCGCCACCUCGACCAGCUGCUCAUGUGUGCCGUCUACGUCAUGGCCAAGGUCACCAGGGAAGACAGAUCUUUCCAGAACAUCAUGAAGUGCUACAGGACCCAGCCGCAAGCCUGCAGCACCGUCUACAGGAGUGUCUUGAUCUCAGAGAGUCGGAGGAACCUUUCAGAUGGCAGCAAAGUCAGCAAGCUGAAGUCCCCUAUCACCAAAACCCAAGAGCAGGGUGUCAGUCUGAGCACCCCCCCCUCCACCCCCUCCUCCACCUCCACCCCCUCCACCUCCUCCACCUCUCUGAUGGACCAGGAGGAGCGGGGGGACCUGAUCUGCUUCUACAACCAGGUCUACAUCACGCCCAUGCGGCCCUUUGCUCUGCGAUACUCCCUGAGCUCUCCCUCCGCAGGGGCGGAGUCCCCUCCCAUGUGUCCGUACCCCAGCGUGAGGUGUGGUGCGGCCCGCCGCGUGCAGCUGUCCAGUAAACACUGCGUCUACGUCUCGCCGCACGGGACCAGCGGCCCCGCCACGCCCCCCCCCCGCCACAACAUAUACUACUACAUCAGCAACAGCCCGUCGGAUCGCCUCCGGGAGAUCAACAGCAUGAUCCGCACAGGGCAGAGUCCCAGCAGGAAGCACAGCCUGCCCCUGGAGGAGGAGCCAGAGCCCAAGAAGGCGUGUCCAGAGAACCAAUCGGCACUGCUCCGCAGGCUGCAGGACGUGGCCAACGACCGUAGCUCCUCCCACUGAGCCCCACCUCCCCCUUCUCUUUCAUGAACUUUUUGUAUCAAGUCGUAGGCCAUAUGGAGCCAAAGCAAGCAAAUAGUUUAUUUUUAUUUCUCUGUUGAUGACGACACCUCCAUGCGCAACACUUAAGGGCUAGGCUGAGAGGAGGGCGUGCAAUUCACCAUUUGCCCCAUCUACCCUAAGGCAAUCUCCGUCCUCUUGCUUCCUGUGAGCUGUGUACGCCAGUUAACAGGCCCUGUGAGCGUGAAGAAUACAAACAUAACAGGAAGAAGAACAAGGAAGACAAGGAAAAAUAAAUAAUUUCACUAAGCAAUAACAUGUAAUUGCUUAAAGGGGACCUAUUAUGCUUUUCGACUUUGAUGACCUAUAAACGUUGUUAUAAUGAUUGAUAGUCAUGUUUAACCAUACACAAAAAACGAUGUAGAUUUUCGGGAAACUCUACCUCUCAUCUGGGCGCUUUCAGCAUUCUCUGUCAACGCUCGGUUUCGUCCUUCUCCGCCCCCUCGCCCCCCUGCUGCCAACCCAACUCCGUUGUGAUUGGUUACCUUCCUUGAAGCGCGCGCGCGGGCAGUUUGACCAGGCAUAUGGGGGCGCGGCAGGAGUGCAUCUACGUAGAUGAUUUCCCGGAAAUGUGAACAAGUGAAUCGCAAACGUUGUCCCGAGUGUUUAGCGCUCUGCACAGCCACCCCAGACUGUCAGCAGGGAAUACGUCAAAAUGCAUGUACGUCAUUAUUUGACACUUAAGUAUGGUUAAACAUGACUAUGAAUCAUUAUAACAACGUUUAUAGGUCAUGAAAGUCGAAAAAGCAUAAUAGGUCCCCUUUAAAAUAAAAAAUUUAGAAAUAUACAUAUUUACAUAUAUAUUUUAUGAAAGGAAAAAUGUAUUGGUAGAUGAGCUAAAAAGUGUAUAUAGUCUGUUUUUAAUAUGAUAUUGUAAGUGCAGAUCUUGGUAGUUGCUCUUUAUUAAGAUAACCGUUAUAAUAGUUUGUACUUUGUUUUUCCUAUUCCCUAUCCAUUAUGUGUUUUUGAUUAUAAAGCAUUACUGUCUCUUUGGCCCUCAACAAUUUGCCACGUUAGCCUACUCUCACAGCAUGGAACAGAAGGCAGCUUAACAAAGCAGCCUAAUACAUCAACACAAGCACUCUUGACCCUGUACAUUUUUAAUAAAAGUAUGUUGUUUGCA